CCGGAGUCAGACAGCAGCAGCAGAAAUCAUGACAAGCAGCCGGUGGAACAGGGUCCAACAGAACUCCUGAUCAGAACCAGGCCCAGUGACCAUUGAUGAGGAUUAAUCACCACAGUCAGCAUGAGCCAACGGAUCGAUGACGUGAUGAAGCUGUGCUGUGAGCUGUCUGCCAACCAGCAGGUCCAGACCACCGUCAAAGGCUCCGGGAAGGGAGCAGCAGCAGCCGGAGGCCUGGCCUUCGCUGGGGGUCUGGUGGGGGGUCCGCUGGGCAUCGCAGUAGGUGGCGCUGUUGGAGGCCUGCUGGGCUGCUGGCUGACCAGUGGACAGUUCAAACCGCUGCCUCAGAUCAUCAUGGAGCUGAGCCCCGAGCAGCAGCAGAAGCUCUACGACGACCUCAUGGCCGUGCUGGGGAGCAUCCAGUGGACGGACGUGGCUCAGCUGACGGCGCUGGUGAUGGGGAACGCCGCCCUGAAGCAGCAGCUCACGGCCGCGCUGCUCGGAUACGUCACCAAGGAGCUGCAGGCGGAGGUGCACUACGUGGACUAGACCACCUGAGGAGGACCUGGAUGGAGCCUCUGAGAGGAACUGUUUUUAAAUGAAGCUACAGAUCAAUAAAUGUGAACCCACGUCCAGACAUUGCUACUGGUACCAGGUCCACUGGGUCAAAGCAGGUCAGGACUGUAGAGCUGUCCAUAAGAACAGCAGUUAUUUAUUAAGGGAAGUGCAGUUAUCAGUUGAAUGAAUUAUUUAUUGAUUAUACGUGACCCUGAUCGUCAUGUCUGGCUUUUAAAGUUACAGGUUGGUUCAAGGAACCACUGCUGUGGCUCAGUUCUGUACAGCUGCUGUCACAUUCACACACACAGGGUUAUGGACCAACAGAACCGGUCUAACACUCUGGUUUGAUAUGAACUGAUACUGUACAUCCCGUCUGUGUUGCAGUGUCAUUUUACCAGCAUCUGUGUGAAGAAUAUUGGACUCUUUCAAUAAAAACAAAACCACUUUGGACUUCA